AUGGCACCAACACCGUCCACCAUCAUCGCCAAAUCCCUCUCCUCCAGCAGCGAAGCCCUCGCCAACCUGCUCCCCCGCUACUACCGACCUCACGGACGCCGUCUCUCGCGCGGUGCUCUCAUCGGCGUAAUCGUCUCCAUCGUCGUCGCCUGCAUCCUCCUCGCCUUGUCCUCCAUCUUCUUUCGAAGGAGGAGAGUCCGUCGGUCACGCAAAAACAUGCACCAGAACAUGGAGCAGGCAACGGCUGCCCCUGGAGGAUGGGCUCACUCAUCGCACAAUCAACCACCACCGCCGCAAAACCCCUAUGAGUAUCACAGUCAGAAUCCGAACGGACUCAAUAAUCCUCAAACUGCUGCAGGAGGGUGGGUGCAGCCGGGGACUUAUCAGCCGCCGCCGUAUGAGCCGGAGCCGGUCUAUAAGCAGGGUGGUGGGAGGAACUACAUGUAA